AUGGAUUACCCGACGAGAGACAAAGAUGGCGUGUUUCAUUUGUACUCACGCAUAGGAGCAUCGCGCACCGCACCUGCAUCGCCAUUGCUUUCUAGGAACUACAAUAGUUAUUCGUUGUCUGAUCCUGCAUCGGCGUACAACAGUCCCGAUAGAGCUGUUUUGAACAAUUCGCUUUAUGCCUCGUCUCUGAAGUCAGAAGCGUUUGUGUCAGAUGUGUCCGCUUCUUUACCAUCCUCAUUUUUAGCGCUUAACUGCAACGAUGCGAUACCCAGUUAUAAUGGUGCUUAUUACCCGUCGUCUGGUUUUGAUUCUACUCCCAUAAACGCGCGUCGGGCAGCUGUUGCAUCCCUUCGGCAUCACAGUUCUUGUGAAAGCAGUUUUAUGCCGAUGGUAGGCGAUACUUAUGGUAAUGAUCCUGUACCCCCGGCUGAUCCUCAGAUCUUGAUGCCAGUUCUAUACGGAUCGCCUGGCUCGCUACGACGACAGUACUCUGCCACAAGAGCAUUGAAUAACAACGUGGCGACGGUCACAACCAAUUAUCCGAGCUACCCGAAUCCACUGACCGACACCGGAGACGGUUUAUCUAGUGAAAUGGCCCGCUUCGCUUGCGGUAGUCAACGAGACCCUCCCUACGGUAGUACAUCGGUGUUCACUAUGCCGACCGAUGUAUCAUCGAAUAUUGUCUCUUACGCCGGAAGAGGUGGCGGCUCAUCGUACCAAGAACGAGACCUGAACUCGUCGUCUGUGUCCGCUUCUUCGAUACCGAUGGAUCGCGACGCGCUCCGCCGAGAGUUGGACAGCAGUUCUCAAAAGCUUAACGCAAUGAUGAACAGUAUCAGAACGUUUUGGAGUCCGGAACUGAAAAAGGAGCGAGCCCUCCGCAAGGAAGAAUCAUCUAAACUGAUGGUCGCUCACGAACAUCUGAAAAUGGCCGUGCAAGAGAGUCAGAGACAAGCCGCGUUGGUUCGUCAGCUUCAGAAUGAGCUCCAGUGUCAAACAGAGUUAUGUCAGUCGAUGCGUCAAGGGCAACUUUCUUGUGGCGUUAGUAGAGAGGAGUACGAAGCGUUGCUUUUGGAAAGAGACAUGUAA